GGUUUCAGCACCAGACAGUAAAUCAUAGUCAAAAUUUUGUUGACCCUAAUACACGCACUCAUACGAAUACAAUUGAAGGAACCUGGAAUAGUAUUAAAAUCCAGGUUCCAUCAAGAGGCCGCACAAAGUCUAAAGUUUCUGACCAUUUGUUUGAGUUUAUAUGUCACCGGCAAAACAAAGAUAAUCUUUGGAAAA